UGCCCAUCCCCUCGAAGGCCAACGGCACCACCAUUUCCACCCUGUCCAUGAACAAAGAUGGUCUGAUCGGAGGGGUGACGAAUCCCAACGAGGUCUUCUGCUCCGUGCCUGGCCGCCUCUCUCUUCUCAGCUCCACCUCCAAGUACAAGGUGACCGUCGGGGAGGUGCAGAGAAGGCUCUCGCCCCCCGAGUGUCUCAACGCCUCUCUCCUCGGCGGAGUCCUCCGCAGAGCAAAAUCAAAAAACGGGGGUCGGUGUUUAAGGGAAAGGUUAGAGAAAAUCGGACUAAAUCUACCUGCAGGAAGGCGCAAAGCUGCCAACGUCACCCUGCUGACAUCCCUGGUGGAAGGUGAGGCCGUUCACCUGGCUCGGGAUUUCGGGUACGUCUGCGAAACAGAGUUCCCAGCCAAGGCAGCAGCAGAGUACCUGUGCCGACAGCACUCCGACCCCACGGAGCUCCACACCAGGAAAAACAUGCUGCUGGCUACCAAGCAAAUUUGUAAAGAGUUUGCAGACUUGAUAGCCCAGGAUCGCUCGCCGCUGGGGAACAGUCGCCCCUCCCUCAUCUUAGAGCCCGGUGUCCAGAGCUGUUUGACUCAUUUCAGCUUGAUAACCCACGGCUUUGGGGGCCCGGCCAUCUGCGCCGCGCUCACCGCCUUCCAGAACUACCUGGUGGAGUCCCUUAAGGGGUUGGAUAAAAUGUUCAUGAACAGCACAGGGAACGGGCACACGGCCGGAGACUCCAAAGCGUCAGAAAAAGAAGUGAAGCAUCGGAAAUAA